CCGUGGUGUAGAUCAGGUGACUGAUGAGCUGAUAAAUCUGUUCAUAAUCUCGUCUCUGACCUUCAGAAGUCAGAGUUACGGCGGUGGAAACAGCAGACAUCCUGAGCAGAACUCGGUUGAAUCACAAUGACGGAGACGAUGUGCUGGGGCGGUCUGGGAUCUCUUCGUCCUUUCCCAGUCUUCCAGCCGGAGAAGGACGUGGCUGACCUCGAGGCUGCCCUUGAACAGAAAGACGUGAGCGCUCUGGUGAGGAUUCUGGCGAACCGCAGUAACGCUCAGAGACAGAGCCUCGCUCAGACGUACCUCUCUGUCACCCAGCAAGACCUCCGAGCGAGGCUGAAGAAGGUACUGAAUGGAGGUUUAGAAGAGUUGAUGCUCGGCAUCAUGAUGACGCCAGAACAGUUUGAAGCUCAACGUCUCAGACGAGCCAUGGAGGGUCUGGGUACAGAUGAAGAAACUCUUCUAGAGAUCUUGUGUAUGAAGUCACCAGAGCAGCUUUCUCACAUUGCAGCAGAGUACAGUAAAGAAUAUCAGCGUGAUCUGGAGAAGGACUUGCUCAGUGACACCAGCGGAGAGUUCAGUCUGCUGCUCGUAGCUUUGCUGAAGAAGAAGCACGUGGCCGGUCAGGUGGACCAGGAUGUUCGAGUUCUGCGUGAAGAACUCAACAACAAUAAGGCAGAUGUGGCACCAUGGAUCCAAAUCCUGACCAUGAGAGAUCCAGACCAUCUCAAAAGCGUGCUGAUUCAUGUGGAAGCUGAAAGAGGCCAGCCUGUUACUGCAGAUAUAGAGAAACGCUUUGGCGGAAUCUUCUCCAGAGAUGUCAGACUGGGCUUACAGAUCCUAGUGCGCUCCAUCGAGGAUCCACAUCGCUACUUGGCCCAGAGAAUCCAGACUAUGAAAGGGCCGGUGAUGCAAGGACUAAUAGUGUCUCACAGCGAGGAGGAUCUGCUGGCUGUUAGAGCAGCAUACAAGAAGGAAACGGGAAGAUCUCUUUACACCACCAUACAGGAUAAGUUCAAGGGGGACAUCCAGCAGGUUUUGCUAGCAAUAUGUCGUUCUGAAGACUAAGAAGGCUACAAGAGUUAGCAUAUAUCUUAAUAAUAUACUUGUCAUGUGAACAAAAGGAAUAAAGUUUAAAAGUUGUGAACCCUUCAGAA